AUGCUAAGGUCCAAGUUAUCAUCACUUAGAGAGUACCUCACACCCAUCAACCACAAUUCCAACUUUUUAACCACGGGGGAGAUUAGCCCCGAGGAAUUCGUCAAGGCUGGCGAUUAUUUGGUAUACAAGUUCCCUACAUGGCAAUGGGCUAGUUGUCCAAAAGACCUCCAGAAACUGUUUUUACCCACAGACAAGCAGGUGUUAGUGACAAGACAUGUUCCAAGUCAUCAAAGAGCCAAUGAGUAUUUUGAAGGCGAAUUUGAAGUUGAGAUUGACGAGAAAGAUCGGGAUCUAGCAUUGGGAAAUGAGAGCAAUUUGAAAAACGGCGAAAACGGCGAAAACGAUGAUGAAGCAGAGUACGGUUGGAUAAGGUCCGGACGAUCGUCAAGUGAAAAAGGUACCGGUGAAGUUCUGGACCCACAGAGGGUAGAAGAAGUGAAUGACAUAGACGAGCUUAUUGAUGAAACUGCUGAAGGAGAAGAAGAAGAAGAAGAGGGAGAAGAGGGAGAAGGAGAAGGAAACGGAAACGGUGCAGACUUUCAUGCAGAUGAUGAUGCGGACUAUGACGACUUGGAUAUUGUGCAAGGUUCGCAUAGCAAGUUGAGGAGAUACGACUUGUACAUCACAUACUCGACGUCGUAUAGAGUGCCAAAAUUGUACCUCGUGGGGUUCGACGCCAAUGGGAUUCCACUCUUGCCGCAACAAAUGUUUGAAGACAUCAACUCUGACUACAAGGACAAAACAGCAACAAUUGAGCAGUUGCCGGUUGCACACAACACUACUUCUGUCUCGAUACAUCCAUGCAAGCAUUCAUCAGUAAUGCGAGUCUUGAUGAAACACCAAAGGGCCAGGAGAGAACACGAAAAUGUUGCCGAAAAUAUGAAAAGAUUAUCAAUUGGAUCAGAGGAUCACAAGGAGGCAAUGAACCAUAUUAGACGGUUAUCUGCUGGAUCCAAAGAGCUAGCGCAAAAGCAAGAGGAGCCUAAUGAUUCAGAGAUUAAAGUUGAUCUGUAUCUCGUUAUAUUUCUAAAAUUUAUUGCCAGUGUGACACCAGGAAUUGAAUACGAUUACACAAUGGAUGCAUUGUGA